AUGUUCGGCAAGCUAGGGCUGUACGCCCGCGUUGCGAGCUACAUACUCAUCGUUCUAGGCGAAGAACUCAAAUAUGUCUUCACCACAGCCAUGGUGCGUCACCGCGCACGAUUCUUCGGAAGCACACCAUCCACCGAGCGAGACCGUACGAUUGUCAUUGUCGGCGCAUCCUUUGCAGGACACCACGUCGCUCGCCUAGUCGCUGGUCAAUUGUCGCCUAAGAGUCGGUAUCGCGUUGUGGUUAUUGAGCCAAAUUCCCACUUCCAAUUUACGUGGGUUCUGCCACGAUUCUGCGUCAUCAAAGAUCACGAGCACAAGGCUUUUAUUCCGUAUGGGAAAUACGUCCAGUGUUUGCCUGGGGUGCUCGAAUGGAUUCAAGACCGGGUGGUGAGCAUCGACAAGACGCAUGUUCGGUUGGAGAAUAGCGGCGAGGCAAUCAAGUACGACUACCUUGUUAUUGCGACUGGGUCCGGUGUAAAGACUGGUUUGCCGUCGCGCGUAAACGCCACUGAGAAGCGUGUUGGCGUGGAACUGCUUCGCGAGGUUCAGUCGGGGAUUGAGGCUGCUCAGACGGCGGUGGUGGUGGGCGGUGGUGCUGCAGGCGUUGAGGUUGCUACUGAUGCGAAGGAUUUGUAUCCUGAUAAACACAUUGUCUUGGUUCAUUCGCGGUCGGCGGUCAUGCAUAGGUUUGGCAAGAGGCUGCAGGAUGAGGCGCUGGAAGGGCUCAACAGAUUGGGCGUGGAGGUUAUUCUCGAGGAUAGAGUGGUUGAUGAAGAUUCUGUGGCGAAAAAGGUGACUUUGAGGUCUGGGAGAGAAAUUGCCUGCGAUCUUUUUCUCAACUGCACUGGACAAUCUCCAUGCUCCGAAAUCCUCACCUCCUUAUCACCACAGUCCAUAUCCGCCAAUGGAUACAUCAAAGUCAAGCCGACGCUUCAGAUUGAUGAUGAUGAGUUCCCCAACGUGUACGCUUGCGGAGAGGUUACAGAUACUGAGACACCGUGUCCGAAUGCUCGCUCGGCGAUGCGCCAAGCGGCCACGGUGGCGGGAAAUGUGUUGAGGGUUGUGGAUGGCAAGAAGCCCAAGUACAAGUAUAGGCAUCACUGGGUGGAUACGUUUAUCAAGUUGACGCUUGGUCUGGACCGUUCUGCAACCUUUAUGGGGGAUGGGCAUUCGGACUUGAUGUUCAAAACGCAGGACAAGGACGUCACAUUGAUGAUUACCUCGACCUGGGCAAGAAUGGGACUAACACCAUUCGAGGAUGAGUAUGAUAACAAGGAGUCGGACGCCAAGGGUGAGGCUUAG